GCAACAAAAUUGAUAUCAUUCUCUAGGAUGGUAGAACUAAAUACCGUAGGAUUGGAAUCUCAUUAGACAGGAAAUCGCACAAACACAUGAUGGGCAUAUUCCACCGUCCAUGAUUAGGGUAUAACUUGUUUCAGUCUACAGACUCUACACAUCACACGUCUCUGUUUCUGAAAACAGUCAACAGACCACAUAAGUUUCCUUUUCUGAGCUCUUCUUCUCCUCCUUCGACCUGCAUUGCCUUUAGGAGAUCUCAAGGGACCACACUACGCUAGUUGUUUCCUAACUCUUCUUUGAUUUCUGAAACUCCAUUAAUGAGAUUAGCUACAAAGCUGUUGUUCUGAUAUCCAGAGAUAAAUAAUAACAGAGAAGAGGAAGAUGUUGACCCUCUAUUCUCCAAAUUGCUCUUACUCUCUCUAUUAUGCUCGUCUUGCCACUUCUUCUACUUAUUUUUCUUCAUCAUCAUCUGGGUCUCAACAACAUAUUACAGUUUCUUCAGUUCCUAAACGAUUGCAUACACAGAAUUUCUCUUUUCAGUCACCUAGGAAUCACCGCCGCAAUGUCGUUCCCAUCCAAGGAGGUGAAGUGGCUGCAACUGAAUCAUUGCCUGCAAAUGAGACCCCCAUGACAAUAUUCAAAGAGGAGUUGCUGAAAAUAGAAUCUUCAGAGGAAUGCAAAGAUGUUGCAGAUUUUUAUUUUAGGGAGGAGUCUACGGUCAGCAUCACUGUUGUUGGAGCCUCCGGGGACCUUGCCAAGAAGAAGAUAUUUCCUGCUCUUUUUGCACUUUAUUAUGAAGAUUACCUCCCCAAGCAUUUUACUGUGUUUGGCUAUGCUCGGAGUAAGAUGACAGAUGCAGAAUUUAGGAACAUGGUUAACAAGACCAUUACUUGCAGGAUCGAUAGAAGGGAGAACUGUAGUGAAAAGAUGGACCAAUUCCUAAAAAGGUGCUUUUACCAUUCUGGCCUGUAUGAUUCAGAGGAAAAGUUUGCAGAGCUGGACAAGAUUUUGAAGGAACAUGAGGGUGGGAGGAUUUCAAACCGCCUAUACUAUUUAUCAAUUCCACCCAAUAUCUUUAUUGAUGCGGUAAGAUGUGCAAGCUCAUCAGCUUCUUCUACCAAUGGCUGGACAAGAGUUAUUGUGGAAAAACCCUUUGGACGCGAUUCAGAAUCCUCUGCUGCUAUGACUCGAGAAUUGAAGCAAUACUUAGAGGAAGAUCAAAUUUUCAGGAUUGACCACUAUUUGGGGAAGGAACUAGUGGAAAACCUAUCUGUGCUGCGUUUUUCCAAUCUCAUUUUUGAACCUCUAUGGUCAAGGCAGUACAUAAGGAAUGUACAGUUGAUAUUCUCCGAAGACUUUGGCACUGAAGGACGAGGAGGGUAUUUUGACCAUUAUGGUAUUAUAAGGGACAUUCUGCAGAACCAUCUGCUUCAAAUACUAGCCCUUUUUGCCAUGGAACCUCCUGUCAGAUUGGAUGCAGAAGACAUCAGAAAUGAAAAGGUUAAAGUCCUUCGCUCCAUGAAGCCUUUGCAGCUAGAAAAUCUGGUGAUAGGUCAGUAUAAAAGCCACACCAGAGGGGGUAUCACAUACCCAUCCUACACAGAUGACAGAACAGUACCUGAAGGCAGCCUUACUCCAACAUUUGCUGCAGCUGCACUUUUUAUUGAUAAUGCAAGAUGGGAUGGGGUGCCCUUUCUAUUGAAAGCUGGGAAAGCGUUACAUACUAAGAGAGCCGAAAUAAGGGUGCAGUUCAGGCAUGUUCCUGGUAAUUUAUACAGUAAGAGUUUUGGAACAGAUCGUGAUCAAGCAACAAAUGAGCUUGUCAUUCGGGUUCAGCCUGAUGAAGCUGUUUAUUUGAAGAUCAAUAAUAAAGUCCCUGGUUUGGGCAUGAGGUUGGACAACAGUCUUCUAAAUCUCCACUAUGCAGCCAGGUACUCGAAUGAGAUUCCUUGUGCAUAUGAAAGGCUUCUGCUUGAUGCUAUUGAAGGAGAAAGGAGGCUGUUCAUCCGAAGUGAUGAGUUGGAUGCAGCAUGGGAGCUUUUCACACCAGUAUUGAAAGAAGUGGAGGAGAAGAAGAUAGUCCCUGAGUACUAUCCUUAUGGGAGUCGAGGACCUAUCGGUGCCCACUAUCUUGCAGCCAGAUAUAAUGUUCGGUGGGGCGACCUGUGUAUAUAACACCAUCUAUUCAGAUGCUACAUAUGCCAACCAUUUGCCAUUUAGAAUCACUUGUCAGAGGGGGGAGAAAAAGAGGAAAAAAAAUUUUGGUACAACCAGGGAUGGAGAGAAUUUACUCCAUUUAUAGUAUAUUUAUCAUUGGAAUUUACUUGAAAUGCUAAUAAUAGUAAUCUUCAUUUAUUUGGGUGACACAGAUAAGUGUAAAAAUUGAUGGACUGCUGCAAGUUCACAAGCACAAGGGUUUUCUUCUUUUUCAUUCUCCCCACUCCCAUCUUUUUGUUUGGGGGGCAGGGGAGUGUCUAGAGUUGUCUUACUUCUAUGUUCCCUGAUCAUGAUUACAAAUUAACCUGAAGGUUUUUAGAUAAUUUCAUGGUGCCUUCUGGUGUUUUUAUUUCCCA